GUAUGUCACCCAGUACCUCAACUAGUGUCUCAACCAGUGCCUCGCCAAGUACAUCAGUCAGUACCUCGGCUAGUCCGUCGACAAGUACUUCAGUCAGUAUGUCACCCAGUACCUCAACUAGUGUCUCAACCAGUGCCUCGCCAAGUACAUCAGUCAGUACCUCGGCUAGUCCGUCGACAAGUACAUCAGUCAGCAUGUCACCCAGUACUUCAACCAGUGUCUCAGCUAGUACAUCUGUCAGCACAUCAGCAAGCGUGUCACCCAGUACCUCCACUAACAUAUUAACCAAUGUGGUUUGUCAUUGUUACGUACCUAGCAGUACUGUGCAUGCACCACCACCACCAUCUAGUACUGUACCACCCACACCAGGUAGGUAAUUGACUUGUUUUCAUGGUUCCCGAGAUAUGAACAAUUUUCGGAAGAUUCCUUUAUGUUUCUCACUUUAAGUAUAUUUUAUUCGUAUUUGAUUUGGUUUUUAAAUUUUAUCCUUGAGUAUUUUAUCCUUAGUCUCCUUUGCAGCCGUUUUUAGUGUCGUCACGCAACGCGCCUCCCCACAAGAGAGGAGGAGCGUUGCGUGACGACACUAACAACGGCUGCGAGGGAGAGUAUUGAGUAUUAGGAUGAUGCAAUUUUUUAAAUCCCUUAUGAAUCAGUUGAAUACCACUUAUGAGAAGUUACAUCACUCAUAAGUGAUGAAAAAGAACUUAAAUUGCUCGGCGACUAGUUUUUCUUUAAAAUAAAACAAUAGCGUUUAUGUUCGCGGGCAGCAACAUGUUUUGAGCCCGACUCAGACUCCUUUUAGCCCGAGCCGCUAAGCGAGGGUUAAAAUGAGCUCUGAUAAGGGCCCAAAACAUAUUUUAACCAAGAACAUAAACAUUGAGAAAGUAAAGACUUCAAAAAAUGACAAAAGGACAGUCUGAAUCUUAUCAGCGUCGAGCAUUCACGUGUUAACAAACCGAAAUUAACUGGAAAUACUUGACCCAAUGACGCAAAAGGCUUCAAAAACAAGCGACUGCUUUGUGAAGAACCCCGUCCAACUAAAGUUAUACAUGUUUCCGAAGCUAAGUUCUAAUAACAUGUGGGAAUUUAUUUGAUAUUAAACACUCUGAUCGAUUUGAACAGGCUUUCUAAUCGACUAUUGCAUAUUAAUUGAUCAGCUUACCUCUACUAUCUUGCAUGCUCCGAGGCGAAUUAAACAAGAAAAUUGGGAUAUGACAUCCUGGUUGCCUGAAGUAGAUAUUUUCUGCAUUAUUGAUACUGGGGCGGAGUGAAUACCUAUAUUGGUUACGUUAUUUUUAUUGGGUGUUAUUUCUGCAGGUUCCGUAGUUGAAUUGGUUCUGGUUAUGGUUACGUCUUGCUCUAGUGGAAGCGGUUAUAGUUCCUCGCAAGAUGCUUUAAACCUGUUUGACAGCCUCAAAGUCGAAGUAAGUAGUUUCAUAAAGAGUACCAGUAUAUAACUGAACAAUAUGUAGAGAAACGGUGAACUGUGGAUGAACAAGAUAUAGAGGAUGUUAAUGGCCCGUGCAGAGGGAGAUAAAACAUUUCUCUUCGAGUACUGAGUAAUAUUUCAAGAGUGGGCGCAGCGAAGGAGUAAAUUUUUUGUUAUUUAUUAUAUAAACACCAAUGAAACACCAAACCAUUGCACUUUAAAUUUUUUUGUUGCGUGAGGGGAGAUUUAUUGUACAAUAUACAGCUGUGUAAUACAUAGCCUUUAGGAACAGUGAUAUUUUUGAGUGUGAAGAUAUCAUCUUCUUGCGAGAAACCCACCUGGUAUUUUGCGUCAUCGAUUUUUGCGACUACUGCGCAUGCGCCAGUAGUCACUAUUGCCAUCGAGUUAGUUUUCCGAAAGUAAGUAAGUAACAGCUGAUACAGCUAUUUCGAGAAAGGUUGUCGGAAAAAGUGCACGCGACAAUGCCGAAAGGUAUUGUGGGUGGUUUUAAAUUCACUGUUCCCCAAAGAAGUUUGAAAGAAUGACACGAGAGGCCACGGACGUAUGUUUGCGGGAGCUAAAAGAAAGCAACAAAGGUAGGUUCGACAGCUACAGUGUCAGGAACAGUGUAUUGAUCAUAUCCUAUAUUACCUUUCGGGAUUGUGGCGCGCACAUUUUCUCCGACAACCUUUCUCGAAAUAGCUGUAUACGUAGGAGUCAAUCAGCAUACAAAGAUAACCGGAAUCUUUCGUCGAUGGUCCUCGAUGACAAACGAAGUGCUCGGCCGCCUCGUGGUCUGCUUUGCUAGCUAGUGCAGCCGAAUGAAAAGGCAAUGAAAUACACCAUUUCUCAAGAAGCGUAUCUUCACUUCUCACCUUCAAAAUAUUAAAGUCCAGAAAUCACGAUAUUUUCAUAACAGAUUUCUCCUCUCCAUAUCAACUCCUGUGAAAAGAUCAGCAUCUUUACUUUGUGGGAUGAAUUUCAAUCCUCAGCAGUAGUCACUUGCACUUCUCGAGCGCCUAUUUUCGUAUAAUGAAAAAGGAUACCUGAUCUUUGCUGUUAAAUGGUCAAUCUAAAUGGUUGAAGUUCAGGUUUUACCAGGAAUAAAACCCUGACUUUUGCGCUGACCGGAAGCAAAGUGGAAAGGAAAACUGGAGAACAUGCUAAAAAGAAUCAAUCAACUAAAGAUAAAACAGAAGAAAUUGUAUGUGAUCUUUGCAGUUAAGAAAUCAAUCUAACUCUUUGCUUAAAAUGGCCUUGCCUACCGUCUUUGAGCCACACGUUGUUGAUUUGUUAAAAUAACGAAGUCCGUUUUGGCUGUGUUAUCGGAGUUCUGCCUACUUCAGGCUCAAAAGAAUUGAAUCUUGGGCAAGUUUACCUAUCAAUAAUAUCUAUAAUUAAGUAAUAGAAAACGUUUUCCGUGUUUGCAUAGCCUAAUUAUUAUCACUUAUUUUCGUACCAUUUUAAUUUCGCGAAUACGGAAUAGAAAUAUUUCGCGGCACUUAAAUUUUGCAAUUUUGUCGAAUCACGGUUUUUCAAGGUAAUUAGAUUUCGCGAAUCAAGUAUAAUAGUGCUCGUGUUUUCAACUUCAAUUUCUACAUUUUAUUUAACCAUCAUGGAAUAGAAAUGCAAUGAGCAACUAGCUGAAAUGAUCAACAAUGUUAUCAACAUAACAUCUUUAAUUUUAAAAGUGCUAUUUAACUCGAUGGCGCUGCCAAUUAGCUUAUAGAUUUAAGCAAUAGAAAACGUUUUCCGUGUUUGCAUAGCCUGAUAACCCCUCGAGUGUUUAUAUCAGGCUAUGCAAAUACAGGAAAAAAGUUUUAUAUUGUUUUUAUAAAAUAACUUUCCCGAGAAAAAAGCAAAACUCGUUGUUUAGGGCACUAAUUAAAAGACUAGUUCUUACCGGUCGCGAGGUCUUGUACACGAAGCUUGUACGUGUAAUCACUGGCAGUUCUUGUUUUGCAAUAAAGACGCUUUCCAAAAAUACGGGUUUUUCUCAGAUAAAAUGUCAGCUUAAGCGAAACAAAUUGACACAGCCUAUUUCCGAAGAUUUUCCAAGUUUCAGCCGACGAGGGAAUGGGUAAAUAAAGUAAAUGUGUCUAGUUUUCAGCGGGUGUCUGUAAAACGCGGACCAGAUAGCUGCAGAUGGCAGAUGCGGAUGGGAAAAUGCGGAUACAAUAAUGAGGAUGGAAAAAAAUGCGGAUAAUAAAAAAGGUAAUAUGAAAAAAACGAAAAAAGGGGAUGGCAAAAAAAAAUAAACAAACAAACAAAGGAAAGAAAUCUUUCUUUCAAGUCGCUGUCACAUGGUUGGACCCUUCAGUUACAUACAGAACGUGAUGCCAAUAGUUGGCACAGUUAUUUUGUACCCUGUAAUUACUUUCAUUAAUGUCACAGAAAUAACGACGCUCCCUUUCUCCCCCUUAAAUGCACACAUUUGGUGCAGUUCUCCUUUGAGUGUUUAGCCUAAGGCUUGCAGUCAACACCGCGGCAAAACGUCUACGCAUGCGCCAGGUUGAGCAUUUCCGGUCUCUUUUUCAGUCACACUUUCCAGUCAAAUCAAAGUCUCCCGCGCGCUCUCGGCUUCAUUCUGUGUGCAGCUUGUGGUUCAGCUGUUCUGCUUCAUGCUUGUAGUUAUUGGAAUUGCUUUUAUGGAUAACCAGGCACAGAUCACUGAAACAAUUGUCGAUUAGAUUCAGAAAAGUAAGAUGAUAAUAACUCAGUGUGUAAUUUUGGCUAGAACGUCAAGUAAACUGAUUUUCAUUCACGAAAACAAAGUUUUUUACUGUUAUUUUUCACUUAACCUGGCUGAAACUAAGACAUAAAAAGUUAUCAUUGCAAGUUUCAUUUGUAUUGUAGUUUUAAUUUUCAGUUCUUCAAUUUCUCAGUCUUCAUGUCUUAAAGCCGAUUCGAGCUUUAUUUGGAAAACGACAACACACAAUCGCUUUGUAGUUUUAUUUGCCAGUGAGUUUUACCGUGUUUUGAAACGAAACUCUUCUGAGUUGAUUGCCAUGAGACAUAAGCUUAAUUGUACUGUUGAGGUUGGCAGCAAGUUGACAACUCUAUUAAUUUUUUUCAUUCUCAGAAUCAGAGAGCGAAAGCUGGUUCGAUUGCUUUUAGAAGUCGAACUUUUCAUCCUAUGUAUUUAGCAGCUGGAAGUUUAGGGUUCGCAUGAGAUGCAGCCGAGCCGCACAGUUUGAAAUUAUUGAAGUCUUCAACCAAAGAACAACCAUGUAAAAGAACUGAAUAGGCAUUUUCUUGAAUGAAAGUCAUUUAUAGGCAUGUUUAGUUUCCUGGCACUGAAAACUCCGGGUGCUCGUGACUGCAGUCAUCAGUCGAAGUUGUUAUUAAAUCCCUCCCAUCUUUUGAUUUGAGUUCUUGGUUUCUCUGAAAAUAAAAAAAUUAUUAAACGGACUAAAAUUUUAUUUCCUGGUUUUAGUGUUAAUGAUAAUGAUGACGUCUUUAUUUUGGUUCCUUUCAUACGGUAUUGUUAUUCUUUUCUUAGUUGUCGCCUUCUCCCAAAUUAGCUUAUGCCAAACCAGUAGCAUGUAAGAAAGCCAGUAAAAACAAAUUCGUCUUGUCGAGCGCUCGCGACCUGCAAACUUCAAACAUCAUUUUCACCGUUGGUGCAAACAGAUAACCAUGUGGUUCAAAAGUUUGACGCUAGAAAAAUAUAUAAACUUUCGAAUGAAGUGAUUUUUUUCGCCCCCUUUUUUGUCUGUUUCUCCCUUUUUGCUUUUAAACUUAGUGCGACGGCAAUGUUAUGCUUACGCAAUUGGUUUAUAUACUAGACCGCAAAUAAAAAGCUGACCGGAUGUUAAAUUUUGUGCUCAUGCGCAGUGCGUUUAGCCGCGGUGUUCUUGCAGGCAAGGUAAAAAGCUCAAAAAAUUGGCUAGCAAAGGGGAUGUCCGUAAAAGAAGGACCGGAUACCCGCGGAUCGCUGAUGCGGAUGCAAAAAAUUGUGAACAAUAACAAAAACAAAAAAACCACAAAUUUCGAUAAAUAAAUUGUGUCAUUAAAACAUUUCUUGACAAAACACGUGUAUAACGUUGUUCGGACAACAACAACAAAAAAGGUCCUCCUUUUACAGACAUCCCCUUUAAGGAGGAGGAACGGAGCGUCCAUAUUUCUGUGACAUUAUGAAAGGAAUUACAGGGUACAAAAGAACUGUGCCAACUAUUGGCAUUACGUUCUCUAUGUAAGUGAAGGGUCUAACCAUGUGACAGCGACUUGAAAGAAAGAUUUCUUUCCUUUUUUUGUUGGUUUGCUUGUUUUUUUUUGUUUUUGUUUUUGUUUUUGUCAUCCGCAUUCCUCGUUUUUUUUUUUCUCUUACAUUUUUUGUUAUCUGCAUUUUAUUUCUAUCCCCAUCCGCCAUCCGUAGGUAUCCGGUCCCCGUUUUAAAUUCACCCGUUUUCAACUGGAAAACUUUUCAAAUUCGUGCUUGCAUGAUUGGCGCGCGAAAAGUAGAACAUCUUGACGCCACAACCAUGUUUACAUGCUCUCAUGCAAACAAGCCUCUCGGCCAAUCAGAGCGCGUGUACUAUCUUAGUUAUUUUAUAAAAAGAUUUCCUCAAUAUUUUCAAAUGGAUCUUCAGGCGCGCGAUAAGGUUGUCUUCCCUUAAACAAGUUCUGAUUUUCCCUCUUUGCUCCAUCCUUUUGCAAUGUGCCGCUUUCCCAUAUUGUCAAGUGGUUGUAAAGGUUUGCCAGCCAGGUAAGAUAGCAUUCAAUACAGAUAGCCUUAAAUCGACUUAAAUCUCAUCAGUGCUGUUUCCCGAUUCCAUUUUUUUCUGAACUUCGGCCGAAUACCAAGUUGUUAACAUAUCUGCACUUUAUGAAGGAUAUGUUGUUCUGUGUUGCAGGACCUAAUUCAGCAAGAUGAGUCAGAUAAUGACGAAUAAGGACAUGUGUUGAAUUGAAAUUUGAGCCCUCGUAUACUCCUAGUAGACGAAAAACUUAAAUAAAGCCGGGAGGUUUUUAUAGAGGUUACUGAAAUUCACGUCUUAAAUCUUCGCGGCACCGUUUUUUAGCGGGACUUUAAUUUUGCGAAAUUUUUUAAAUCGCGAAAAUAAGUGAUCAUAAGGUAAACACGAGAAGGGUUAGGACAAUUCGAGACAGUUAUGCAAACCUGAAACGAAGUCGAGGCUUUACAUAACUGUCGAGAAUUCCACCAACCCCUCUCGUAUUUAAAUCAAGCUAUGCAAACACAGCAAAGAAGUUUUCUAUUGAUUUUAUAAAUUAACUUUUCCGAGAAAAAAACGUAAGACACUUUGUUAAGGCACUGCCUAAAAGAGAAAUCCUUGUACGCGUAAUCAGUUCUUUUUUUGGAAAAAAGAUGAUUUCCAAAAUACGGAUUUUUCUCAAUUAAAAUGUCAGUUUAAGCGAAAAAAUAAAAAUUGAAACAGCAUGUUUGGAAAGUUUUUCAAUGUCUCAGACGACGAAGGAAUGGGUAAAUAAAGUAAACUUGUUGAGUUUUCAACUCAAGAACUUUUUUCAAAUUAGUGCCUUCGUGAAUAGCGCGCGGAAAGCAAAAUAUCUUGACUUACAUACUCUUGGGCAAACACGCCUCUCGGCCAAUCAGAGCGCGCGUACUAUCUUAGUUACUUUAUGACCGCAGUAACUUAUAAUUCCCAAUUAUUGUCUAAAGCCUUAAAACAGAUUUUCUCUUCCCUUAUUCUUUUCUUGUCGUCCAACUUCUAUUUUUCUUUAUUUUCCUUUUUCUCCUAUUUUAGUCGAGUCAAAUUGUGGUUUAGCAUCAAACUAAUUGCAACAGAAUUUUUUCAACGCCAUUUAAUUGUUGGAUGGCUUUGUAACAACAUACUAAAAAUCCGCCAAAAUCGGUUCGGUGAAACAUGAGAAAAAUUGGCAAAAAAGAUUUUCAACUUUCAACACAGGACACCCAAUUUCAGGAAGAUCACAAAUUCAGAUAAACCAUUUGACAAUUGUUUUUUUUCCUCCAAAAUUUUCGAUACAACGUCGCUAAUGUAUUUUGGGUAGUUUUGGUUUUGAAAACACCGAUUAAGUGAGUGAGAAACACCUGGGUCAGUGUUUCGUCUUGACGGCUUAGCACAGGUUACCCAGCCACUAGUUUAUCUUCACAUUCUGUUGACCAAGCUGUAAUAUUUUUUAUCUAUGACGGUAUUUAAGAGACAAAUUAUUAGUCAGUCUGUAUUGACAUGAUUAAAAAUAUUAGCAUUUUUUUUUCGCAAUAUCAGAAAAGCAGAAAGUAUUUUUAGUUUUACAAGCUUGUAAUUUUUUUUUAUAUCCUGCAGCAUGGAAUCAAAUUUAGUGGCUGACUGAUGGUGAACAGUUUGAUUUGAUAUUUUUUUCAUCUUCACUCAGCUACUAAAUAUGCAUCCAUGCUGCAGGAUACGUGCAACGGACGAUAGCUUUGUAUCAGUAAAAACUGUUUAACCUAUUCCCAUUUUCUGUAGUCGAGUUUUGUGAGGUAGUUAUGUUCAAACCUUGAACACAAUAUGUGUGAUCGAAAUCAGGGAUUCUUUUUUUUUUCUCACGACAUGGGCAACCUCCUUUAGGAUUAUGACUCCGUACUUUACAAUGUGAGUGAAUAUAUAUUCUAGAUCAUAACGCUCUGCGCUUUUCAUUAGACCUGGCCGAAUCUGUUCUAAAGGAAAUCCAGAAAACCAACGCAGAGUGAUUGUUCUUUUUUUUUUUUUCUUCUUCUUGUAGCGAGGCUCAGAUUUAGUUUAGUGCAUCUGUGUGUUUAAUUUGUAUUUUCUGCGGCAGCUCUUCAUUUCUUGGUAAGAUGAAUAAGAUUAAUUGCCCUGCAUGUGGUCUAAAGACAUUUAUAUUCCCUCCUUGCAUUUCUUUUGAGAGAACAACCCUGAACCUUGACCAGUUUUUUUUUUUCGUCCAUUGGCAAAUGAAGACCUUUUUUUCCAUAACAAUCAUGGGAUCCUAAACAUAUGAAAAGAACUGCAGUGGUCAAUGAAGGCGCGAAAGUAGUAGACAUAUGCACGACAUUAAUGAGUUUGUCUGACAGCUUUUUUACAUAAAUACACUUAUAAAUACACUUACGCUAGGUGAAGACCUCGGAAUAGUGACAUAACUCAAACAAUAUAGGGCGAUUUCUAAACUAUUGAGAAAGGGGCACAAGUGAUACUGGCAUCAUUAAAGAAAAUGGUUAUAAAAACAGAGAGAAGAAGACAGUUUUUAAUCAUUCAGGUCAUAAUUACAAUAAUUUUUUGUUCGACAGAUUAUAAGAUUGUAUACAAGGGGUUCAACGGCGUAUGUUAUAAAUGUAGAAUACAACUCUGCCUCCUGUAUGGAUAGCACCAACGUCCAGAUGACAAUCAUAAUCACCUUUAAGGCCGGUCUUACUUUGGUGAUAGAGACAGAACUGAAUGAGGCCAUUACAAGAAAUUUUGGAAACUUAAACACAACGCGCGACUACACUCUCUCCUUCAAAGGUGUGUUAAGUAUCAUAUAGUAAUAAAUAAAAUUCACAGCAAAUCAAAUAUGGGUAACACUACUAAUAUGAUCAGCGAAGUCAGUAUUAUGGUGGAGCAAGGGCUAGCAGAGUUGGCUAGCGCGCAGCCGCUUCCGAUUCCAUUCUCAAUUCCCAGGUGUGACCUCAAAUCCUCGUUUUGACUUCUUUCCUUUUCCUGUAUCUCUAAGUACUAGAGCUUUAAAUCACCGUAAAACGGAGCGCCGAUAAGUGUGGCGGGGGGGAGGAAUGAGCGCACCGGUUGGUCAGUUUAAGUGCUGUUACAAGCUACCAACGUGAAAGAAGGACCUUCACCUUCACCUUACUGAAACAUUCAUACAGUUGACUCUCGCAUUGGGGACAUCUCAUUAUUACAGACACCUCAGUUAGUUAAACGAAAAGCUGCUAAGUCUUCGGCAAAACUUACAGACAUUUGACUGAAACGAACUCCCGUGAUCACGGAUUCUCGCUUUUACAAAUACGGACGAUUUUCUAGGUCCCAGGCAACACAAUAGGGACCUUAAGAUCCGCGGCCGGGGAAGGCGGCAAAAACGUCGUUUAAAAGUGAAAAGGCGUUCUUCCAACUCGCUCACUUUGCCAAAUGUAGGCGAACUUUGGUGAAGUUGAAUUAUUAAUAUUCAAGUUCAGAAACAGAAAGAAAAUUUCGUCGUCGCUUAUUUACGUCCUCCAUAAAAGGCGAAAUCAGGCCAGUAGUCUUGACGGCAAAGAAAGAAACGUACAAAACUGCAUAACACAUAUGCAAAGCUGUCGUUUUGCUAAUCAAACCUAUUGCUUCAAUUUUUUUAGGUUCUCGUUACCGUCGCAGUCGUCGGAUCUUAAGGUCCCUACUAUUCUGAAUCUCGUUGAUUCUCAUGUAACGCAUGAAAUUGAAUUAUCACUCUUAAAAAUAAUUUUUCUAAGGAAAGAAGACCCACCCCUCGCAAUUAAACCUCUAAUCCCCAAUAUCUUCCUACAAAUUCUCCGAACUGAUCAGUUCAUAAAUGUCCUUAGAGCAUUAGGAGAGAGAAACUGAUAAAAGAUCAAAGCAUUUUUCUGCAGGUGAUCAUUCUAUUACUGAACUCUUAUAACCUUUUCUCUUGUACGUGAGAUGAUAUUAACUAAGAGCACAGCUAAAUCAGAACUGAAUAUUGUAGGUGGUGUGAAGCAAGAGAUAGCGCAGUGCUAGUGGUGAGAGCACUCUUCUCCCACCAAUGUGGCCCGGGUUCAUAUCCCGGCGUCGACGCUAUUUGUGGGUUGAGUUGUUGUUGGUUCUUUCCUUUGCCACGAGAGGUUUUUCUCUGGGUAUUCCGGUUUUCCCUUCUUCUCAAAAACUAACAUUUCCAAACUCCAAUUCGACCAGGAAUCAGGUAGACGAUGAACCACUUUGUGGAUGUGCAACCUCCAAAUCGCCAUUUAUUUUAGUUUAUUUUAUUUAUUGAAAUCACAAGAAGCCUGUCGUACCUUUUACAUAGUACAAUUGUGGAUUACAACUGGUUAGAGUGCUGAAACUUAAUGUUAGAGUUAUGGGAUACCUUUUCCGAGCCUUUAAGACUAUUAAACCAAAAAUGAAGGAAAGUAUGUCUUACUGUUCACUGAAUCACAGUCUUUAUCGCCAAUACCAGUUAAUUUGUUUUUCAGAAUCAUUAUUAACUCUUGGCCACGCCCAAAAAACGAGAUUAUGGUGCCUUUUAAGGGAGCACUUCCGUCAUUGUUUUUUACUGUAGCGGUGUAGCCCCAAGCCUAAUACAGCAGACACUUACAAUCAUGUUUGUGUGCUUGUUUGUUUCUUUAAGGUACAACUGUGGAAUACCAGCCCAAAAGUGGCGAAUGCCAAACAGUAUGCUGCGAUGGGCCUGGAGGCCCUAUUGCUCUCAUACCGACCUGCAGUCCGUCUAACAAAUGCGAGGGAUUUUUGCUAAAAGAAAAAAAAGAGACUGGACACUGCCCUAAUGAACAGAAAGGCACUUGUCAAUGUGACAAAGGUGACCGUCUUAUACAACACAUGUAUAUGACACCAUUUGUUGCUGUUCCUUAACUAUAGCUGAAGAAUAACUUUGGCCAUCCCAAACGUAGGAAAUAGAUACAUUGAUGACACUCACUCCUUUCUUUGCUAACAGGUUCCUUUGCUAGCAGGUUAACCCGAUCUCAAAAUUCAGUCCACAAAGAGAUACAUUUUUUGCUCAGUUGUGUUCACAGUUUCAAUUUUACUAUUUAAUUGACAGCCUAUUCCCUCCAUUCUCCAAGUUUCGCCGUCCUCGCUGUGAUGACGUUGGUAUCGAUGUUUAGGUAAGUGAGAAAUGCCAUUAGCUAGUUACAAUCAGGUUCUCUACUUCAAACAAUGUUGAAAAAAGUACCAAAGAACAAAAAUAAAAAAUAUUACUCUCGAUAACUUUGAAAACUGGUAGAUAUGUCCUUAGAUAUUCUAGUUAUAAGCCAAGACAGAGAAUGACAGCAAUACUACCCUUUUCAUUAAAAAAUAACCAUAUUCGUUUUCUGUACCCAACGUAUUCAUUGCUUUCAUAAAACUAAAGCUAAUCUAACUCGUGUCUCUUUCAUCAACAGGAUCACAGUCUGUUAAACUAACGGAAGAAGAAAACAAAGGUCCAGGAUUCACCGUCUUGUCUGCAACCGUUGAGCUAUCACAAAGGAAGGCAAAUCAUGCUGUUCGAAACUAGUUUCGUAAAAUCGCCUAGUAGGUAAAAUAGUGCGUUCAAAGUGGAUCUCCAUUGGAUUUUUCUUUUCUCUGUUCACAUAAUGAACCAAUCACAAUGCUCAUUACCACGCUUUGUGACUGGUUUGCUUUUUCCGCUUCUGCUUCCGACUUCUACAUAUCAGUUUUUCACAUAAUUAUAAGCGAAGGAGUCGUGGAGUCGUCAGCGGAAUCAGAACGCUGUUUUCGAAGAAAAAGCUGUAUUUCCAAGCCAAUGACUCAUACAGUGCGGCCUCACUAUGAAAAACUACUUAGGUUUUCUGAACUGACAGUUUCUAAAUUGUUGAUAACGAAAAAGUUUCGUUUAGUUAAAGUUCUUUGGAAGGUUUUUCAUUUUUUUUUUUUCUCUACUGUCCAACUCUUAUCCGCUGAGUGUAAGGUUGGUUUACACUUGCGAUUUCUGAUUAUUUAUCAGUAUAAACUAUUUCAAUAGGAUUUCAAUAGAAUUCUGCUUCAUCAGAAUACACCAUCUUUUCUUGGAUGGUAAGACCAAAGUAACUUUUAUGGAACAAUAAUCGUCGCUAGUUUACACUUGAAUAAAUGAUAACAAUACGAUUUAUCCAAUAAGACAUUUAGCUUAAAAUUGUAUUACAAGGAACGACUGAAAUUGCAUGUUUAAACUGUCCCCUUUUCGAGUGAACCGUCGAAACUUGAAUCGUUACCUCCAUGAGCCGUUGAUACAGAGAAGGACACUUCUGACUAAAUCAAUCGAUGUAAGUAAGUAGCUCUCUGUACACUCCCUUACGUGUAUCCGUUUAGUGAAGUAUCAAACCCAAAAUGAAGCAUUCUCUCGCCCCAUGUAAGGAAAUUCAAGACAGUCUUGGAUACUGAAUUUCAGGAAUUGGAUUCCCGAUUCUCUGUCAGCGGAACUUGGAUUCCAGAUUCCAGUCGUUAGUAGGAUUCCGGAUUCCUUAGCUGUAUUCCAAAUUUCAAAGUCCAGGAUUCCGGAUCCCACAAGCAAAAAUUUCCGGAUUCCGGAAUCCGAAUUCUCUUACACGGGGCGAAUUCUCUUAGUACUUGUUUGAUUCCUACACAGCCGUUUAAUUCCUUUCUUCCUUUCGUGAUUUUAAUAUGCCUUCUAACAUCCGACGGAAAUAAAAAAGUAAGCUAGAAGAUAUAAAGUACAGGCCCCGGUUCCUGGAAAGCCGAUUAUCGCUAAUCCAGGAUUAAAUAUCGCUAAUCGCGGAAUAAAUUUUAUCCCACGAUUAGAUUCUGUUCCUGAAAGCACGAUUAAGAAUAAUCUAGGAAUAAACUACGUGUUAAAUUUAACCCAUCUAGCGAGGACGAUUAACUCACUAAUCGAGAGAAAAAGUUUGUCAAAACAAACAAAAUGGCGGACUUACUGUUUCACAAAAACGCGAAAGAAAGUUCCAACAUCGAGAAAUUGGCCUCGACCAACUAACAGACGAAGAACUUCGCAGGAGAUAUAGCUUUGACCAAGUAUAUCUAGUAGGGAUCCGAAAAGACGAUCUCCAAAGGCAGACGACAAGAAACCGUGCGAUGUUCCCUAUUUUUCGCCCCAAUUUUUGCGCCAUAUAUCUUUUAGAAGCAGCAAGCAGGCGGUCGAAAAACUCGUUAAACCGGAUUUUUUAGUACUAAUCUGGGAUUAGUUAUUCUCGGGAUAAUUUCGCUUUCAGGAACAACUUUUUAACCCACGAUUAGUUAUCCGGGGAAUAAAAAAUUUAAUGGUGGAUUAACAGUUAAUCGGAGGAUAGAUUAAUCGGCUUUUCAGGAACCGGGGCCAGGAAUAGAUAUUUGUUAAAAACUAAAAUAGGACCGUUGACAAUGUUCUCCUCUGUUGUCGUCUUUAUCAGUUGAUAUCGGUCUGCCGCUUUUCCGAUUCUUGUUUUCCAAUGCCAACGCACAUUACAAUGCUAUAGUGUACUUUCAAUUAAAACCAAAACUUGACAAGUCAAGCACGUACUACGCUGACUACGCCAAGCCAAGGUUUGCCCAAUAUAAAAUGCAUGAGUCGUCAUCUCCUCCAGCGUUUUUUUUUAGAUAAUUAUCUACAUAGAAAACAAGGAACAAACCCAUGGCUCCUACUGCAUCUUUAGGGUGUCUGUGCGCAUGCGGAACGUGUAGCGUGUGUCUUAGGGCCUGUUUACAUGGAGUGGGGGACCUCGGUCUAGUGGGGUUGGUUUCUUUUGUUUUCACGCUCUGGGGGACACAAAACAAAAGAAACUUACCCCACUAGACCGGGCUCCCCCACUCCAUGUAAACAGGGUCUUACUAAGUAUUGAAUGAUGUCAAAUAUUUUCAGUUAUGAUUCUUAGGUGUGUGUAUUCAUAGUGAUUGUAUUUAUAUAAUAAACCAGAAUAUUCGUAAUGGGAAAGCGAAUUCAGAUAUAAAAGUAGAAUUCCUCUUUGAAAGAGGUAGACGCUAUAGUAGACUUUUUGGACUAGGGACAGUAACUUAAAUAGUUAUAUAUAGCGUGUACAAAUAAAUUUUCAUAGAUUUCAAUGUG